GUCAAAAUAAUUUAGGUUCAUGUUUUGAGAUUCACAUAUAAAACUAAUAAUUAUUGUCUUAUUUUCGUUUUAAUAGUUUUCGUGGUAAUAUUUAAACCUCCAUAAAAAUAAAUGGUCUAAAUAUGACGUUUGUUCAAGUAACACCAAAUUAAUAUGGACUUGAAGGGAAAUGGCUCUUAAUAUUUACAAUUUACCACAAUUAUUUGUUUAAACAAAACCAUGUGAUUUCUAGACUGCUCUUUAGACCUCUUCAAUAUUUUACCUUUCAAGCAAUAUAAAAAUACAUAUUCAUGUUCAGUAAACCAAUAGCUUUAUACUAGCUUUAACAUAAGACCAAACAGCAAACAACAGAAAUGCAAGCCAAGAGAAGGUAUUUAUUAGUUUUUGUAGUAGCAUUUUUAACUUUUUGGUACUUUGGUGGAUAUCGUUUACGACGCAUUCAAGAAGGACGCAUAAAUAUAGAUAAUUUGCCUAACUAUAUUAGUAUGAACGUUAUAGAUACAGGAUACUUCGUUAGGGGAAGAGAAAGGUUUUCUGAUGGUGCUAAAAACUGUAGAAUGGAAACAUGCUUUGAUCUUAGUAAAUGUCAGAAAGAUUUCAAGGUAUAUGUGUAUCCUCAGGAGGACAGUAGUGUGCCUAGUCCGUCCUAUCUAAAACUGCUCAAUGUCCUACUAGAAUCUAGAUAUUAUACCAACGUUCCCAGAGAAGCUUGCAUUUUUGUAUUGAGCAUUGACACCUUAGACCGUGAUCGCUUGAGCAAUGAUUAUGUUCGCAACAUGCAGAAUAGAUUACUAAGGUUACCUCAUUGGAAUGGUGGUCUCAAUCAUGUUAUCUUCAAUCUAUAUUCUGGGACUUGGCCAAAUUAUACAGAGAAUGAUCUAGAUUUUGACUAUGGGAAGGCUAUUCUUGCUAAAGCUAGUAUGUCUGAGAAUCAUGUAAGAGUAGGAUUUGAUAUAAGUAUUCCUCUAUUUCAUAAGAUUCACCCUGCCAAAGGUGGAGAACCUGGAUCUAAUUCUGCCAAUAACUAUCCUCUAGAAAAAACUUAUCUUCUUGCAUUUAAAGGGAAAAGAUAUGUACAUGGUAUUGGCUCAGAUACCAGAAAUUCGUUAUAUCAUUUGCACAAUAAAAGAGACAUAAUCAUGGUCACCACAUGUAGACAUGGAAAAAGUUGGAAAGAUAUGAAGGAUGAAAGAUGUGACGAAGAUAACAAGGAAUAUGACAAGUAUGACUAUGAAACAUUACUACAAAAUUCCACAUUUUGCUUAGUUCCUCGAGGUAGAAGGUUGGGUUCUUUCCGAUUUUUGGAAGCUCUUCAAGCAGGAUGCAUUCCUGUUCUACUCUCAAACAGUUGGGCAUUGCCUUUCUCUCAAGUUGUGGACUGGAAUAAAGCUGUAGUUUGGGCAGAUGAAAGACUUCUAUUGCAGGUACCUCAUAUAAUCCGUUCCCUAUCUCCAAGAAAAAUCUUGCAGCUCCGCCAACAGACACAGGUUCUCUAUGAUAGAUAUUUUUCUUCCAUAGAAAAAAUAGUGUAUACUACCUUAGAAAUAAUUCGUGAAAGACUUCCCAAACAGCCAAUUAGAGAUGGUAUGUCAUGGAAUAACUUUCCAGGAGCCUUAGUGAUGCUGUCGACAUUUUCUGAUUUUUCUGAUGAUUUUCCGUUUCACAUCGAAAAAGAUGAGAGAAUGGGUUUUACGGCAGUGAUAUACUGUCAAUUAGGAGUGCCAUUAGCUUCAAAUUCUCCUCUGUACAGGUUAGUAACAAACGUGGGACGGAGCAAGUAUAUAGCGAAAAUAUUAAUAGUUUGGUCAAGCGAAAAGCGUCCAGCUAAUAGAAAUAGAUGGCCUGGGUUACCUCUACAUGUUCCUUUGCAUAUAGUCCAGCCAAAUGUGAAUUCCAAUGUAGGAAAUGAAGUCAAAUCCAGUAUAUCUCAGAGAUUUUUCACUCAUAAGGAAGUUGAAACUGAAGCAAUAUUAUCUUUAGAUGAAGACACAGUUCUUACUACAGAAGAAAUUGAUUUUGCGUUCAUUGUAUGGAAACAAUUUCCUGAUCGGAUUGUAGGGUAUCCAGGAAGAUCCCACUAUUGGGACGAUUCUAAAUCAACUUGGGGCUAUACUUCUAAAUGGACCAACGAUUAUUCCAUCGUACUAACAGGAGCUGCCUUUUACCAUAGAUACUACAAUUAUCUAUACACAGAAUGGCUAAGCCCGUUGUUACACAAAACUGUAGAGCAAAGUCAGAAUUGCGAAGAUAUACUGAUGAACUUUUUAGUUAGUCAUGUUACACGAAGACCUCCAAUAAAAGUUACCCAAAGGAAACAAUACAAAGAACAACCUAGUGCAGGUAGUUGGUCACCUUGGAACGACCCGGAUCAUUUCAUCCAGAGGCAGACUUGUUUAAAUACCUUUGCUGCUGUUUUUGGUUACAUGCCACUACUCAGGUCAAACUUAAGGUUAGAUCCAGUUCUUUUUAAAGACCCUGUUUCUAAUAAAAGGAAAAAAUAUCGUAGGAUUGAACUUGUGGGGAGUUAGUAUUGGGAUAUACUUCUAAAUAGGCUUGUAAGGAUAAUGUAAACUAUAUCUGAAAUUUUGUAUAGCUAAUUUUAUCAAAGGAACAUAAUCAUUUUAUUAGGGGUAAACAAUUGUGGAAAUAUUUUGCAGAUAUUGUUUCAUUCGUAAAAGUAUAUUGAAUAACAUUUAUUGAUCAACAUAGUAUAGUUUUCUAAAUGUUCAACGACAAUUUCUGUGUAAAUGCACUUUUGUCUAGUGAAGUAUGUUGAUAUAUUUAUGACUAUUUGUAAAUAGGUUGUAAAAUAUAUUUUAUAAUUUAUUGAUUUCUAUAGGCAGACUUACAGGGAGUGAGCAAAUUAUUGGAUUCACACGCUAAAACGGAACUUUUUGUUUAACAAGCUUUAUAACUAUGCUAUUAUAGUAGGUUGUUACAACUCAUAAAACAGCAACACAUAAACUUUUAUUAUGUUAUCACACUUUAUAGCUUAUAAAUAUUUGACUACUUAUACUUAACGUUUGAUAGUGUCAUCAUCUACAUGUAUUACUUCUUUUUAUUAAUUUCUGAACAUCACUCUUUUGAAAAUUCUAGUAGCCGCUCAACAAACUGUAACUUCAUUUCUUCGAUAUAUGCAGUAUGUCAAUCUUGCUUGCUGAUGAUAAACCAUAUUAUUAACCCUUAAUAAGACAUGAUAUACGUAACUGAAAAAAUACCCCAAAGUUGGUUAAAGUCGCCCUUCGUAACUAUACCAAAAAAAGUAACUGCCAAAACAUGCGAAGACUACAGAACAAUUCGCCUAAUGAGCCACUUACUUAAAACGUUUUGAAAGUGAUACAAAGCAGAAUAUAUAAAAAAGAAUGUGUGUGUACUUUGUACGCACGUAAGAUUAUUCUAUUAUAUGAUUUCAACGAAAUAAAUAUACUUUAAACAGUU